GGCCCGGUGCUGUGUGCCUGAAUACCUGAGCGCUUUCGACUCUACGGAGGUACAGCGGCACUCCUGUCUUCUCUCAUAGGAAAGUUUAUCGAGUACGCCGGCAUCGCGACUAUUAUUCUAUUAUUGGCUUGCAUUGAUCUAUCGACCUGUCUACCGACACGAACUAUUCAGCGGCCACUCCACGACCACCACACAGAUCUCAGACGCAAUGCAAUUCUAGAAGUAGUUCUAAUUCCAAUUCUAUUUAUAGUAUAGCUGUCUCGUUGAAACCAAUCCAACAAAUCAUUGGAAGUGUACUGGUGGUACUUCUACACUUCUGGAAAUGGCCCCGAAGACCUCCGUACAACAUUCGAUCACGUGUCGUCGACUCGGUAUCGGCACCGGCUUCGGGCCCUUUUAUGGACAAACUUCCCUUACUUGUACUCGAGUACACUCAUAGAACUGCCAUUUUAUAUAUGACAGCAUAACUAAUAGUAGUCAUAGUUGAAGCUACUCAUAUUCUUAAGUGAAUAGAGAAAUUAAAUCAAAUCCCACAAUAUACAUCAGUAGGUUCUGGAGCAAGCUUCAUUCGCAGGUACUGUACAAAGGACCCCUCCACUGCGUCAUUUCGACUCACCCUGACAAAAAUAAUCUUCACCUCUUCCACCAGUUUUAUAUUGCGCCAACAACCACAUCAGGUUCCAUAUCUUACCAAGCUAACACAAGAUACCCCUUCAAAAUGCCCGUGGUCAAUCCAGAUAAGCUGGUCGCUUUACAGCGAAAUCCAGAUAAUAUCAGGAAUGUAAGUUCCCCCUGGCGGGGUAGUUGGGCGCAUUCUGUAACUUGCGAUUUCUGUGCAUGAUCAGCUAACAGAAGCUUUCAAGAUUUGCAUAUUAGCCCACGUUGUAAGGAUCCCUUCCCAUACGACUGCGGCGGGAAAAAGCUAAGAUAGAUACAACAGGAUCAUGGAAAAACUUCCCUCACCGACGCCCUCAUCGCCACCAAUGGCAUCAUCUCCCCCAAACUCGCCGGCAAGAUCCGCUACCUCGAUUCGAGACCUGACGAACAAACCCGAGGUAUCACAAUGGAAUCCUCAGCUAUAUCCCUUUACUUUGCCAUGCUUCGUAGAAAUGCCCCCGAUGCGACGCCCGAGCAGAAGGAAUACCUCGUCAAUCUAAUUGAUUCUCCUGGUCACAUAGAUUUCAGCAGUGAAGUCUCGACUGCCUCGCGAUUAUGUGAUGGCGCGGUGGUCUUAGUGGAUGCCGUGGAGGGGGUGUGUAGUCAAACGGUUACCGUGCUAAGACAAACUUGGGUGGAACAUAUGAAGCCUUUAUUGGUGAUAAAUAAGAUGGAUCGAUUAAUUACCGAGUUGAAGAUGACUCCCGGGGAGGCUUACACACAUCUCAGCAAGUUACUGGAACAAGUCAAUGCUGUGUUAGGUAGUUUCUUCCAGGGUGAGAGAAUGGAGGAAGAUCUGAAUUGGCGCGAGCGCGUGGAAGAACGAGUAGCCGCGGCCAAAGAACAAGAAAAAUCUGGCAAGGAUCCCAAUGGAAAGAAUGGAACAGAGGUUGAUAUCGAUGGUAUGUCGACCCCACCGGCCGACUUUCAGGAAAAAGAUGACGAGGAUAUUUACUUUGCGCCCGAGAAGAAUAAUGUAAUUUUUAGCAGUGCUAUUGAUGGUUGGGCCUUUACUGUACGACAAUUUGCAAAUUUAUACGAAAAGAAAUUGGGGAUCAAAAGGACGGCUAUGGAAAAGGUGCUUUGGGGUGAUUUCUAUCUAGAUCCAAAAACGAAAAAGGUUUUGUCGCAGAAGCAUCUGAAGGGGAGGAAUUUGAAGCCGAUGUUUGUCCAGCUUGUUCUUGAACAGGUCUGGGCUGUUUAUUCAGCUACUACUGGUGGUGAUCGUGGCAAGGGGUAAGUAGGCCAGGUUUUUUGUGGAAUGUUUUGCAUACCAUUAAGUUUCAUAUGCUUACUCGCUUAGGGACCCUGCUAUGGUGGAAAAAAUUACAAAGGGUCUAAGUAUUACUCUUCCAGCACAUACCCUACGUUCAAAGGAUCCCCGCGCUAUUCUCACAACUCUAUUUACCGCCUGGUUACCUAUAUCGACAGCGCUAUUGGUCUCUUGUAUAGAAUCAUUACCGUCACCUCCAGUCGCCCAAGAAAGUCGCCUUCCAGAUCUAAUUGAAAACUCCCCCGGAUCUUCUCAUGUCGACUCAGUUAUCCGAGAAGCCAUGAUCAAGUCCAAAAGUUCCGAAAAUGACCCAGUUGUGGUGUACGUGAGCAAAAUGGUUUCAAUACCAGAAAGCGAGCUGCCAGAGAACAAACGCCGUGGGGGGAUUGGUGGUGCUUUAACACCAGAGGAAGCGAGAGAAAUGGGGAUAAGAAAACGAGCGGAAAUUGCUAGGAAACAAGCUUUAGAAAGAGAAGCAGGAGAGUCUGUUGAUGGGAUUUCGAAUGCGCUUAGCGAUGCGAAUGUAGGAGCAGCAGAACCCGAAGAGAAACCACCAACUAAAGAACAUUUGAUUGGUUUUGCCAGGAUAUAUUCUGGCACUUUAUCAGUUGGCGACUCGGUAUACGUUCUAUCACCCAAAUUCUCACCCGCGGACCCACAUCACUCCCCAGAGCCGAAAAGGGUCACGAUUACGGCAUUAUACCUACUUAUGGGCCGUGGUCUUGAACCAUUAACCUCUGUACCUGCAGGUGUGGUCUUCGGAAUUGGCGGUCUAGAAGGUCACAUCCUAAAAUCAGGUACGCUCUGCAGUCAACUCGAAGGAAGCGUCAACUUGGCAGGUGUAAACAUGGGUACCAAACCCAUCGUUCGCGUCGCACUUGAACCUGCAUGGCCCGGAGAUCUCGAUAAGAUGAUUGCGGGCCUAAAAUUACUUGUUCAGAGUGAUCCUUGUGCGGAAUAUGAACAAUUUGCUAGUGGUGAACAUGUUUUACUUACAGCUGGGGAAUUACAUCUUGAAAGAUGUCUUACGGAUUUGAAGGAGAGGUUUGCGAAUUGCGAGAUUGAGGUUGGAGAGCCGAUUGUGCCAUAUAGGGAGACGAUUGUUAGAGCGGAGGAAAUGAAACCUGCUGCUAAUAAGGAGCUUGGGAGGGGGGCGGUUAUUGCUACCACCCCUUCGAAACAGGCUUCUGUGAGGGUACGGGUUGUGCCUUUACCGACUGAAGUCACGAAUUUCCUGAUCAAGAAUUCGGCUGCAGUACAGAAAUCUUUCUUACAGAGACAGGCUGAGGAGAAGGAUACGCAGAGCGGAGGUGUAGGAGAAGAUGAUGAUUCUGAUGACGUGGAUGAAGAGGCUGGGUUGGAUACUGCAAGGGCUUUGUCGCCUGUUGAGUUUAAGAAACAAUUGAUGGAGUUGUUUGCGGAGGCUGGACAGCAGGAUCUUUGGAAGGGUGUUGUGGAUAGGAUUUCUGCUUUUGGACCACGAAGAGUCGGACCAAAUAUCUUGGUCGACAACACGAAGGAUAAUAUUUGUGGACGUUUGUAAGUUGACCCCUAGUCUGAAUCCCUCCUUUCCUCAAUUUCUAACUUUUCCUAGCCUUGGCGAAGUCCCUCAAGACUCCAAACCAGAAUCCACCACCAACAGCACUCUUCAACCCCUAGACUUCGCCGACAAACUUCGCUACGCAUUCCAACUUUCCACCGCUAGAGGACCUCUUUGUAACGAACCUAUCCAAGGAAUAGCCGUCUUCCUCGAAGAUUGCACUGUCACCCCCUCAAUCGAUGACAGUUCAUCUGUGAAUGAGAAACUUGGACGCAUCACGGGUGAGGUUCUCAAGAUGAUUAGGGGAGCAAUCAAGGAUGGCUUUUUAGAUUGGAGCCCGAGGUUGUUGCUUGCUAUGUAUAGUUGUGAGAUCCAGGCUAGUAGUACGUCUUCCCCUUCUUCCCACCUUUCUCUCUGAAGACGAAAGCGACAAGAGAAGCCAAAGAGUUCAUGAGAAAAUGCUAAUAAAACCCCCAGCCGACGUCCUAGGCCGCGUCUACGACGUCCUCACCCGCCGCCGCGGCCGCAUCCUCUCCGAGUCCCUCAAAGAAGGAACUCCCUUCUACACCAUCACCGCUCUCCUCCCCGUCGCCGAAUCCUUUGGUUUCUCAGAUGAAAUCCGUAAGCGUACAUCCGGCGCUGCCAGUCCGCAACUCGUCUUCCAAGGCUUUGAGAUUUUGGAUGAGGGAGGUGGUGGGGGUGACCCCUUUUGGGUUCCCAGAACGGAAGAGGAGAUUGAGGAUCUGGGUGAGUUGGCGGAUCGGGAGAAUGUUGCGAAGAGGUAUAUGGAUGGGGUUAGGACGAGGAAGGGGUUGUUUGUUCAGAGGAAGGGGGUUGAGGGGGAGAAGGGGAGGACUAUGAAGAGGUAG